GUAAAGCCAGCUGGGCUUCUCUCUCUCUCUCUCUCUCUCUCUCUUCGGGCAAGAUUUGGGGGAGCCUGGUUUUUUCUUUGAUUUCCACAAGUCAAAGUUGCUCUUGCUCUUGCCUGUUGGAUCCGAUCAAGCUCCUCGGACACACAACAAAAUGGAUUGUCUGCGAGCAAGAAGAGGCGCUCCGUUUCCUGCAGCGGAAGCAGAGUCAACAACGUGCUUCCUUCGCCUGCUCUGUUUUAGCAAACAUUGCUAGCUAGAGCUUGGAAGAAAGAUGCACGAUGAGGAGAGAAUUCUGGAACAUGUUCUGCGGUGAUUCUUGCUGCUCCAGUCAAGUUCGAGACAGCUGCAGCUCUGGGCUGGCGUGCGUCUUCUUGUUCCAACUGCAUUUUGGUUCCACUUAUUCGUCCACACCCAGAAUUUGGAUAAUUCAGGAAAUCGAUCUUUUACCUCUACAUGAGUGGCUAGUCUUUCUGUUUCAAGGGGUCGGUUGGAUGCUGCUAGUUUUGACUGUGACCAUUGGGAGGCUACACCUUCCAUAUGUUCCAUUGGCUCGGACUUAUACGAUACUAGCCUCAUUGUAUGCAGGAUUUCUCUGUUUAUCUUCCCUUUGGGAAAUAAAGGAAACCACUGCAUCCGUGUCUUCGGUGUUAGAUAUUGUAUCGUUCCCUGGAGAGAUCCUCCUGCCUUUCUGUGCUUUCAGAGGAUACAGUUACAUGGAGACUAGCGGGGUCCGCGAAAAUGGUGCUGUGUAUGAACCCUUGCUGGACCAAGCACAGAAUGAUAAUGUCACUCCUUUUGCAAAGGCAGGAUUUCUCAGCAAGAUGUCCUUUUGGUGGUUGAAUCCGAUACUGAAAUUGGGAAGAGAGAAGAUCCUUCAAGAAGAUGAUAUUCCGCGUCUUAGGCUGGAAGAACGAGCGGAAACAUGUUACUCGAGGUUCAUAGAGCAACUGCACAAAGAAAAGAGGAAGAACCCGUAUGAUUCCUACUCUAUCUUGUCCGCGAUAUUUUUUUGCGAAUGGAGAGGUAUUUUGGUUUCCGGGUUCUUUGCUUUGACCAAGGUCUUGACUCUCUCCACCGGGCCUUUGUUCCUCAGAGCCUUCAUCAUGGUUGCCGAAGGUGAAGAGGCUUUCGAGUAUGAGGGAUAUGUGCUAGCUGGAGGAUUGUUCUUGGCCAAAUGCUUGGAAUCUCUAUCGGAAAGGCAAUGGUAUUUUAGAGCAAGACUGAUUGGACUCAGAAUAAGAUCUUUUCUAUCUGCAGCGAUUUGUCAGAAGCAACUGCGGCUCUCGAGUGCAGCGAAAAUGACUCACUCUCUCGGCGAGAUAGUAAAUUAUGUCACUACAGAUGCUUAUAGGAUCGGUGAGUUCCCUUACUGGUUUCACCAAAUAUGGUCGACUAGCCUUCAGCUGUGUCUUGCAUUAGCCAUUGUAUAUUAUGCCAUGGGGCUUGCAACUUUGGUGGGUCUGGCGGUAGUUAUAUUGAUUGUCCCCUUAACAUCUCCAAUGGCAAAAUUGCAACUCAAGUACCAAAGAAGACUCAUGGAGGCUCAAGAUAAAAGGCUGAAGGCGAUCGCGGAGGCGCUUGCGAAUAUGAAGGUGUUGAAGUUGUAUGCCUGGGAGAAGCACUUCAAGAAAGCAAUCGAGGAGCUGAGGAAAGACGAAUCAGAGUGGAUCGCGGCAGUUUUGUGGCAACAGGGUUACUAUUUGGUCCUGUUGUGGUCUUUGGCGAUUUUAGUUCCCGCUGUCACUUUCUGGGCAUGCUACUUCAUGAGCAUUUCCUUGACUGCAAGCAAUGUAUUCACGUUCUUGGCAAGUUUAAGAAUCGUUCAGGAACCAAUCAGAUUGAUUCCCGAUGUAGUCAGGUCCUUCAUCCAGGCUAGGGUUUCAUUGGCUCGGAUCGCUACAUUUCUAGAGGCACCUGAAUUGGAAAGUAAACCAACAGAGCAAGAGAGUGAUAAUGAGGUGCUGGAAACAGCUGUUUUCUUGGAUACGCGUGAAAUUUCUUGGGACAGUGGUACCUCAAAGGAAUUGAGGAACAUAAAAUUAUCAGUCAGGAAAGGACAGAAAGUAGCUAUAUGUGGGGAAGUUGGGUCGGGCAAAUCUACCCUUUUAGCUGCAAUUCUCGGAGAAGUUCCAUUUGUCAAUGGCGUUGUGCAUGUUUAUGGUAGGAUGGCAUGUGUGUCGCAGACAGCAUGGAUCCAGACCGGAACUAUACAAGAAAACAUCCUAUUUGGUUUAGCCAUGGACUCUGUCAAAUAUCAAGAAGUAAUUCAGCAGUGUUCCCUGGCCAAGGACAUCAAAAUGUUUCCCUUCGGCGAUCAAACUCAAAUAGGGGAGAGAGGCGUCAAUUUGAGUGGCGGACAGAAGCAAAGGCUACAACUUGCACGCGCUCUGUAUCAGGAUGCGGACGUGUAUCUGUUGGAUGAUCCCUUCAGCGCUGUGGAUGCUCAUACAGCGACAAGCUUAUUUAAUGAAUAUGUCAUGAAAGCUUUAUCUGGAAAGACUGUUUUGCUUGUUACGCAUCAAGUUGACUUCCUUCCAGCUUUUAACUCUAUCUUGUUAAUGUCAUCUGGGCAAAUCGUGAGCACCGGCUCAUAUGAUCAGUUGAUGGCCUCUUGCCAAAAAUUUCAGGACCUUGUGUUCGCGCAUAACAUGACCUCUGGUUCUGGAAAUCGAAUUGCAAUCACUUCAUCAGGAAGGCCUGGUUAUUUGAAGGAGGAGAUCCAGAGUAUAUACAUAGAGGAACAAAUCGAGGCCUCUCUGGGAACUCAAUUGACUAAACAGGAGGAAAGAGAGAUGGGAGACAGCGGUUUCAAGCCCUACUUACAGUAUCUGAAACACCACAAGGGCAUUUUGUUUUUCACCUUGGCAACUAUAUCUCACAUAUUCUUUAUAGCCGGGCAGUUCGUACAAAAUUAUUGGUUGGCUUCUGAAGUCAACGCUACGAGUGUGAGCACCAUCGAGUUGAACUCUGUUUACACUGGCAUCUGCAUUGCCCUACCUCUCCUUUUGCUUAUCAGAUCGUAUUUCAUAGUCCAUUUAGGUUGCGGUGCAUCGGAGUCCAUAUUCUCUGUGUUGUUGCACUCCCUUAUACGAGCGCCGAUGUCCUUUUACGACUCGACUCCUUUGGGAAGAAUACUCAGCCGGGUUUCUUCGGAUUUAAGCAUCAUCGAUAUCGAUAUGGCCUUCAAGUUAACCAUUUCGCUUGCGUCCACAAUGAAUACUUACUCGAACUUUUUGGUACUCGCUUUUCUUACAUGGCCAGUUAUAUUUGUCAUCAUACCCAUGAUUUACCUGACACAGAUCAUACAGAAACACUACUACGCUUCUUCGAAUGAGUUGAUGCGGCUCGAUGGGACCACAAAGUCUACACUUGCGAGCCACCUUGCUGAGUCUAUCGCCGGAGUGAUGACAAUCAGAGCUUUUGGCCAAGAAGAACGUUUCUUUUCAAGAAGUCUUUGCCUUAUAGAUGCAAAUGCGAGUCCACAUUUUCACAGCUUUUCAGCCAAUGAGUGGUUGGUCCAACGUCUAGAAGUGCUGUGCAUUAUUGUCCUAACAUCCUCAGCCCUCGCAAUUACUUUUCUAGAUCUCGGGUCUUCUUCCUCUGGAUACGUUGGAAUGGCGCUGGCGGUCGGUUUAUCUUUAAAUGUCUUCCUGGUCUUCUCGGUCCAAUCCCAGUGCUCCCUAUCAAAUUUGGUCGUUUCCGUGGAAAGGCUAGAGCAGUACAUGCACAUUCAAAGCGAAGCUCCGGAAGUAAUCGAAGAUGGCCGACCACCGCAGGACUGGCCUUCUUCCGGCAGUGUCGAGAUUUGUGAUCUGAAGGUUAGGUAUCGGCCUGAUUCUCCCUUUGUUCUUCAUGGGAUAACCUGCAAAAUAAAAGGAGGGCACAAGAUUGGGAUCGUGGGGCGGACUGGUAGCGGAAAGACAACCCUCAUCAGUGCUUUGUUCCGUCUAGUGGAGCCUACCACUGGGAGAAUAAUUGUUGAUGGCCUAGACAUAACCACCAUUGGACUUCAUGACCUGAGAUCACAUUUUGGGGUCAUCCCGCAAGAUCCGACACUUUUUGGCGGGACAGUUCGAUACAACCUAGACCCCUUGUCCGAGCACACUGAUGAGGAGAUAUGGGAGGUUCUUGGAAAAUGUCAGCUUUGGAAGGCCAUUCAAGAGAAAGAGAAAGGCCUGGAGUCGCUAGUCGUACAUGAUGGAUCUAACUGGAGCAUGGGGCAACGGCAAUUGUUUUGCCUAGGACGAGCGUUGCUGAGGCGAAGCCGGAUCCUAGUCUUGGAUGAAGCCACCGCAUCUAUAGACAACGAGACGGAUUCGAUCCUCCAGAGAACCAUACAAAGGGAAUUUGUGGACUCCACCGUCAUAACCGUGGCCCACCGCAUACCGACCGUCCUGGACUGCACGAUGGUGUUGGCAAUAAGUGACGGGAGACUGGUAGAGUAUGAUGAGCCUAUGAAAUUGGUAGGCAAGGGUGACUCGUUGUUCGGGCAGCUUUACAAGGAGCACUGGUCUCGAACUUCUAAUGCAAGUAGUCACUCUGGGAACUUUUGAGAUAGAGCUUGCGGAAGCCGACAUACAUUAUCCGAAUGCAUUGCGGGACGCCAGUUUCUUCGUUUAGUGCAGUUGGAAUUGCUUCCGGCAGAUGAUUUUGCAGCUAAUCCCCGGUCAAAAGACCAACCAAGGCAGAUCGAGCUACCAUUGUAAGCAUUUGUCCCUAUUGAUUGAUACUUCCCAUUUUUGAUCGUUUAGCUUCUACUAUGUAAAAUUUGUUGGGAAUUCAUCUUUUUAUCCAAUAAUAAUUCUUAGUAAUUCAUAUUUAU